UCCCUUUCUCCGACGCCGCUGACGUUGUUUCCUUCCGGCUUUCUUUCGUUGCUGCACAAGCAGUGGGAGUGAAAGGUCACCAACAUGGCGCUAGCAGCUCGUCUGUUCCCUCGUUCCCUCCUCGCCUGGUCGCUGCCCGGUGGGGCAGCUCGGCUCCGGACCCCUCGGGGAGCUGCGGCAAGGCCGCAGUGGGCCGGACUCUGCUGCUCAUGCCGCCGCCGCCUCGGCUCGGGAGCGGCGCUGUGUCCCCGCCGCCCGGGGCCUUGGCUCGCCCCGGGGGUCCCCGCAGCCCUCGCCGCCUGCCCCUCGGGUCCCCGGCGCGGCUACAGCACCGAGGGGCAACGCCCGGGGACCAGGAUGAUCGUCCUGGGGUUCUCCAACCCAGUCACCUGGGUGCGCACUCGCGUGCUCGCCUUCCUCGUCUGGGCCUACUUCGACCGCGAGUUCAGCAUCACUGAGUUCUCCGAGGCGGCCAAGCAGGCUUUUUCUCAUGUAUCCAGAUUGCUAUCACAGUGUAAAUUUGAUCUGUUGGAAGAACUUGUGUCCAAAGAGGUGCUACCUGUAUUGAAAAGAAAGGUUACAUCACUGCCGGAUAACCACAGAAAUGCUCUUGCUGCUGACAUAGGUGAUAUCGUCUACACGUCAACAGGGGACAUCUCCAUUUACUAUGAUGAGAAAGGAAGGAAGUUUGUUAACAUCCUGAUGUGCUUUUGGUAUCUAACCAGUGCCAGCGUCCCCAGCGAGGCUGUGCGUGGAGCCAGUAUGUUCCAGGUUAAGCUGGGGGAUCAGAAUGUGGAAACUAAGCAGCUUCUUAGUGCAAGUUAUGAAUUUCAGAGAGAAUUUACACAAGGAGUAGAGCCUGACUGGACGAUUGCACGGAUCGAACACUCAAAGUUACUAGAAUAAUCUUUCUUGGAAAAAUCAGCAUAUGGACUUUUACCAAUUGCUGUGAAAUGCUAAGGAAGAAACAUUUUGGAUCAUGUGAUCUUCACUAAAUCAAGUCUGUGGAUUACUUUUGUAUUAGUUUGAAAUAUCCCUUGCGGUAUGUUGGAAUGAUACAAUAAAGCAUUUUCCAGAUUGCUAGCACCUCCUUUAAAAGUAAAAAAAAAACCUCAGUAACACUAAA